UUUCCCUACACUCCCUUCCCUCAUCCCUCACCUUCAAGCUUUAACAUCUAAUUACUAGCCAUGAAGAACAACACCUCUAACUUCUCUUCACCAUUCCUUACCUUCCAAUGGGGUGUUACUCCUGAUUGGGCAACCACCACCCUAGGUGGAACCCUAAUAAGCAUCUCCUACCCAACUACUGCACUUCUCAUCCUUGUUUCCCUUCUUUUCAUUGCCCAAGUUCGAUCUGAGAUUCAUAAGAAAUCUAGGCCAGCUCCACUUCCACCCGGUCCUGCAUCAUGGCCUAUAGUCGGCAACAUUCCGGAAUUGUUCCGAAAGAAGCCGGUAUUCCGAUGGAUACUUGGGUUCAUGAAGGAAAUGAAUACCGAAAUCGCUUGUAUUCGAUUCGGUGAUGUUCAUGUAAUUCCGGUUACUUGCCCGGAAAUCGCUCGAGAAUUCUUGAAAAAACAUGAUUCUUCAUUUGCUUCAAGACCCCUUACAAUGGGAACUGAGUACUCAAGCCGUGGUUUCUUGUCCAUAGCAGUUGCACCUUGGGGUGAUCAAUGGAAGAAGAUGAGAAGGGUAGUGGCUUCUGAGGUUAUAAAUCCCAUGAGACUUCGAUGGCUCCUUGAGAAAAGAACAGAAGAAGCUGAUAAUCUUCUCUACUAUCUAUACAACCAAUGCAGUAAUGGUGGUUCAGUUGUGGAUGUAAGAGUUGCAGUUAGGCAAUAUAGUGGCAAUGUUAUUAGAAAGAUGAUGUUCAACAAGAGAUACCUUGGAGAAGGAAGGAAAGAUGGAGGGCCUGGUGUUGAAGAAGAAGAAUAUAUGGAUGCCCUCUUCACUGUUCUUUCUUUGCUUUACGCAUUUUGUGUGUCAGAUUACAUGCCUAGUUUGAGAAAGUUUGAUUUGAAUGGACAUGAGAAGAUCAUGAAAGAAGCUAUUAGGGUUGUUAACAAGUACCAUGACCCUAUUAUGGAUGAGAGGAUUCAAGAAUGGAGAGAAGGAAAGAAGAAGGAAAAUGAAGAUCUUCUUGAUAUCCUCAUUUCAAUGAAAGAUUCAAAUGGGAAGCCAUUGUUAUCCACAGAAGAGAUCAAAGCUCAAGCUGCGGACUUGAUCUAUGCAUCGGUGGACAAUCCAUCGAAUGCAGUCGAAUGGGCCUUGGCAGAGAUGAUCAACAAGCCUGAGAUGCUUCAGAAGGCUACCGAAGAAAUUGAUAGGGUCGUCGGAAAGGAGAGGUUAGUUCAAGAAUCUGACAUACCACAGCUCAAUUACGUCAAGGCAUGCGCUAGGGAAGCCUUUCGGCUCCACCCGAUUGCCCCCUUUAAUCUUCCUCAUGUCUCCAAUGCUGAUAUGACGGCCGCCGGUUAUUUCAUUCCUAAGGGUAGCCAUGUUAUAUUAAGUCGAAUUGGGCUAGGCCGGAACCCUAAAGUUUGGGAUGACCCACACGAGUUCAUACCCGAACGCCAUUUGAAGGAUCCCUCAGUUGAGGUUGAUCUGAUUGAACCGGAACUACGGUUCAUCUCGUUCAGCACUGGGAGGCGUGGGUGCAUGGGGAUCGCGCUCGGCUCCGCCAUGACUGUUAUGCUGUUGGCUAGGCUUCUGCAAGGGUUCAGUUGGGGAAUAAGCCCUGGUGAGUCAAGGAUUGAACUCAAUGAGUCAAAAACCGAUCUUUUCUUGGCUAAACCACUGCUUGCCCAUGCCAAGCCACGUUUGCCAGUUCAUGCUUACUCUAUGCCCUAACAUAAUUCUUGGAGCCAGAGUUAAUUUG